AUGGCUAUGAAUCCUAAUACUGAUUCGGCAUCUGUCAGAAAUCAGAUAGACCAAAUAGACCAGCAACUGCAGUCAAGUCUUUCUCAGCUGCUCAGUGAACGAGGAAAUCUUAUUCCGGCAGAACAGGAACAUUUUGACGAGCGAACGGAGCAAAUAAGGUACCUACAAGAGAGUAGCGCACGUAUGCUGGAGAUGAAGGCAAAAGCUGAGGAGGCGCGAAUGACCGCCGAAGCAACUGCCAAGUUAAACAAGGAUAUGCGAGAUUUGGAAGAUAUCUUUGCUGAAUUAGCUACGAUAGUUCACGAACAACAUGAGAUUGUAGAUUCAAUUGAGGAGCAUGUUGAACGGGCAACUCAUGAUGUCCGCCAUGGAAAUGAACAGCUGAAGAAAGCAAUUAGGCAUAAGACGAACCAGCCCCUUACGGCUUCUAUAAUACUCUACGCCUCGAAAGAGAAUGUGAGAAUCGGCUACUCGACGUUUCCGGUAGAAUGUGCGCCACAAAUGGUGGACAUGAUAGCAUGCAAUCGACCCGAUCUGCUAAUUUUCAUAGUCUCCCAUACUACGGUUGCUGCUGCUGUCGUUGGGGGACUUGCUGUAGGUGGUCCCGUCGGAGUGGCUGCUGGUUCAGCUGUGGCUGGUAUAGCUGCCGGUAUUGGAGGACUUGUGGCAGGUAUCUAUGGAGGAAAAUGGUUUAGAAAUACUGUAAGAAGAGAUUGCGAUGUGAACAAUUGA